GUCUAGCGACGCCGCCCUGCUCGCCAUUCCUGUAAUGGCUGCUUUCCGGUCAGGGUUUCACGGGUGACCUCUUAACCUCAGCAACCAGAGCUCCAAAGAGGGACUGUUCCACAUUGGACAGAAUUUUACAUACACUCUUGUUUGGGGAAGUUCAGCCCUCAAGACCCCAACACCAUGAAUUCAGUGUCAGCACAGUUGAUCCUAGUCCUCACUUCACUGCUCCUGAGCCUGCCUGUUGUUGAAGCUGUAGCAGCAGGAGAUGCGAUUGCACUCUUGCUAGGAGUGGUUCUCAGCAUUACUGGCAUUUGUGCUUGCUUGGGGAUAUACGCAAGAAAGCGAAAUGGACAGAUGUGACUUUGAAGGACUCUUCUGAAUUAGACUUCCCCCUGACCAGACGGAAAACCAUUGUGCUAUUGCUGUUCCCAGCCAGAGGGUUACAGUUAAGAGGAUGAUUUCACGUUUACUUGGUGGUUUUUCCUAAGAUGGGAGUAUGUGGGGUGGGUGGGAUGAGGACUUUCCAACAAAGAGUGCACUAAGAAAACGGCCUGUGGUUUGUAUUUGCUGCUUAGAAGGGGGUCAAGGAAGGCUUAAAUUUGCAUAAGCAUUAUUUCAUGCUUUCUAGAUUGUUAAAGCACAUGACAUUGGAGGAAAAAAGUAUUUGUUCAGAAUCUAGUAAAUCAACAUUGUUGCUGUAUUAAUCACUGCCUCUUGAAUUCUGGGGGAAUCUUUUUCUCCGUAUUUUUUGUUGUUGUUCUAUCUCCCUAGUUGAUAUUAUACUUAGAUAUUAAAUAGCCAAAAAUGGAAACUUUUAUGUCUGAGAAAAAGGUUAACUAAAAUGUACUCAACAUGUCUAAUUCUAAAAUGGAGAGAAGAUUUGUUAAAAAAAUAAUAACUUUAUAUUAAUUGAGUAACAUCUCCUUUGUGAGGAGUACUCUAUCAAAUACAUAUCCAUUAUGCCAUAAGUGAA